GUCCCUCAGUAGGUGAAAAUCCACUGCUCAAAUAAACCAGUAUUAUGAACCGAUGGUCUGUUGGCUACUGAUUGGUUAGGUCAGUACAGUAAUAUCUCACAGGACGGCUUCUAUUGGCUAGGCAUGUAUUAAAACUCUGCGUUGAUUGGCUAGACGGUAGAAUUUUUAGAGUCCGGCAAAAGUGUCAGUGGAAGUGUACUACACCUAUAAGGAAGUAGCCUAGUUUGAAUAUUGUGAUAAUAUAACUGUACUUUACAGUAUUGGAGUAACUAACGUACAAACCAUCAACGUGAUGCCAGCCCAGCCCUCAGUCAAUGAACCAGAGGAAGAGAUGGAGGUGGAGGGAGACAGUGAACUACAAGAAGCCAAUGGAAAGAUGGAAGAAAAGAGGGUGAGAGAGGGUGGAGAUGGGGAGGAGGAGACCAUGGAUGAGAGCACGGAGGAGAGGGAGAGCGACUUGGAUGAGAGUGAGGAGGAGAGUUCAGAGAUGGAUGAUGAGGACUGUGAAAGGAGGAGAGGAGAGUGUCUUGACAAGAUGUCAGAUCUGGAGAAACAGUUCCUGGAACUCAAAGACAAGUUGUUUCGCGAGCGGUUGAACCAGGUUAAGUUGAAGCUAGAUGAGGUGUUGACUGGUAAAGCAGGAGAAUACAGAGAACCACUGGCAAGACUGCAACACAAUAUGACGCUAGGCACACAGGUGGCAGGUGUGUACAGAGAUCUGUGUCUGCAGGUGGUCAAACACAAGUAUGAGUGUGAUCUACAGGGAGCUCGACAACAUCUGGAGAGUGAGAGGAACUUGUUGUUUGAUGCUAUGAAGACAGAACUGCUGGACAAGAUCAGACGACUGGAAGUGGAUAGACAGAGUGUAGACCUCACCUCAGAGUGGUGGAGUGAUGAGGUAAAGGGGAAGAAGUGUAAAAGGAGGAGUUUGUCUGGUCCGGAGAGGAAGAAGAAGGCCCUAGUGUCUGGCCCGUUCAUCGUCUACAUGUUGAGAGACAUUGAUAUCCUGGAAGACUGGGCAGCUAUACAGAAGGCUAAAGCAGCACUGAUGCCGCUCAAGAAAAAAACAGACAAGCGGUGAUAACAGAGGAGUGUGUCGCAGACGUCUAGACAAACCAAAGUCUCUGAGCUGCAGAAGAGAGACCACAACAACAGAACAGCCUUGAACACAGGCCAGUUUGAGACUAUUAGAUCAUACAAAGCACUUCAGUAGGAUCCUGUUCAGAAAACAUUUAGCAACAGAACAAGCAACAGAACAUGACAAUCUCUCUUCUUUUUGAAUAAGUUCAGAUGGUAUACCUCCCUUAUUCACUGUGUUUUAAACUGUUUUGUCUCUACUAAACAAGACCCAGGGAAAGAAGAAACAACAACUCACCCUUAAAUAACCAGUUAGCCAGACCAGAUCUCAAUCAACCUUUCAAAAGUUUGGGGUCACUUAGAAAUGUCAUAAAGCUACCUAAGUUGUUGAAAUGUAUUUAUAAUUCAAAUGUCCAUUAAAAUGUCCUAGUAAGGGGACAGAAAAGAGAGCAAAAUGUAUUUAUCACAGUUGAGACAUUACAUUAAUUACAUGAGACAUUAAUACAUUAAUGCUGUUUACUGGGUUAGUAACGCAUUACUCGGACAUUUGAAUUAUAAAUACAUUUCAACAACUUAGGUAGCUUUAUGACAUUCUUACGGCAGGUCUAUGACAGGUCUAUGACAGGUCAAUGGCAGGUCUAUGACAGGUCAAUGGCAGGUCUAUGACAGGUCUAUGACAGUUCUAUGACAGGUCAAUGGCAGUUCUAUAACAGGUCUAUGACAGGUCUAUGACAGGUCUAUGGCAGUUCUAUAACAGGUCUAUGACAGGUCUAUGACAGGUCAAUGGCAGGUCUAUGACAGUUCUAUGACAGGUCUAUGGCAGUUCUAUAACAGGUCUAUGACAGGUCUAUGACAGUUCUAUAACAGGUCUAUGACUGUUCUAUGACAGGUCUAUGGCAGUUCUAUAACAGGUCUAUGACAGUUCUAUAACAGGUCUAUGACUGUUCUAUGACAGGUCUAUGGCAGUUCUAUAACAGGUCUAUGACAGGUCUAUGACAGGUCUAUGACAGUUCUAUGGCAGUUCUAUAACAGGUCUAUGACAGGUCUAUGACAGUUCUAUGACAGGUCUAUGACAGGUCUAUGUCUGAUACCAAAACAUUUGUUUUAGGCCCAGCUCUAACAAUUUGCACUUCAGUAAAAAAAGACCCCACAUUCUCUCUCUGGUCAAAUAUAUUUUUUUGUAAAAAAAAAAAAGAAAUCUAAACCUUAAAUACUACUAGUUUUCCCCUUGAGAUUAUUUCCCAGGAAGAAUGUGGAAAAAAAGGCCACUGAAUCAACAUUUAAGGUCUCUUUAACCAAAAUGAAAGACCCCCCGCCUACAGGCUACAAUGGUAGGGAAAACACUGCAAUACAAACUACUGUAUUACUACUGUCAUUUAUACUGUUUCUAUUACGAUGACGGUUCUUUUAUUUAAGAUGUUUUUAUUCCUAUAACGACCAUUUAUUUAUAACAAUUUAAUAAGAAUAAUGAUUAAAUAUUUUAUGAGAUGA